AUCCUGAUUUCAAAGACCUUGGAGGUCAACCACCUCUUCCUAAGAAAAGAAAAGCCACUAUCCUGGACAGUCUCGACAACACUAAUGUGACCAUUAUAGGCGUGACCUGUGCAGUGGUGAUUAUCCUGCUCACCGUGUCAAUAAUCAUUCAAAUAAAACAGCCACGGAAGAAGUACAUAAUCCGCAGAGAUGAAUUCGACCCCACAUUGCUACACAAGGCCUUUGAGCCCCCACACUACGAGCUGUGCACGUUACGGCAAGCAACCUCAUCCGAUGGUGAUGUUUUACCUGAAGACUUCCCCAAACUGCAGCGCACCUCCUCCAAAUGCAUCCACGGCCACCACUGUGGCUCCCAGGUGUCCAGCAUUCGAGGCAGUCGCAGCGAUCUCAGCCUGCGAGAUGCUGCAGCUAUUCUCUCAGAGAUGGAGCCAACCAUACAACCUCCAUUUCCUCUGCAAGCCACCCCUACUGGCCGCAGGAAUAUCCUAGUGAUGAAGCACAGCUACUCACACGAUGGGGCUGAAGAGUGUGACCUGGAUGAUGAACUUUAUGAUGGGCCCACCACCAGCCGUGGGCGAGCUGCAAUGGACAGAACUGUGCAUCGGUCAGUAUCCAAUGACUUUUAAUGGCUUCCCAUGCAUUUCAGCCCAGCUUUUGGAUAGAUUACUUUCUUUAUUGUCCAUUUUGUCUCUGUUUUAUUUGUAAUAGUCAUGCACUUGUUUAUUAUGUUUGUUGACAGACAAAAUUUCCA